UAUCAAGGUACAAAGAAAUGUCUGAUGACAUUCUACGUCAGGCGGAACUGCGGCAACAACGUCGUCCAAAGUCACGACAAAAUGAAGAAAUUUUACCACUUGAUGUCAGUAAGCACAAGAAUCCAAAUCUUUUGAUUGGAGACAAAUUGCAUGUUGACGGGUCAUGUCUCCCGCCAAUAAGACACUCUGGUAAUUACGAUAAAUCUGCCGGAGGAAAUAUUGCAAGCCUUCAUAACGGCUCUGAAACCCACGACGCAUUGAGCAGCUCAAAGCAGAUAGGGCAAUUUGGCCGACCUAGGACACCCCGUCGUCGUAUUGCAUCACAUUCAGACCGUCUUGAUGUUACAAAUGACGCACCUGUUGUUGAGAAGGACAAACGGUGUAUAAUAUUACCAUUCAUAAAAUGCAAAAUACAGGACAAAAUAGUUAAAGCGCUGAUAAGCACAACGACACAAAGGUCUACAAUAUCGCAUCGAUUGUUGGAUGGUGUGAGGUGUAAAAAUGACUCCGUUGCAAAGUCAGUUGAGAUAUGUGGUCAAGAGGUUCAAGUCAAUUUAUUCAUUAAUGAUUCAGCUUUGCACGAUCUCGUAUUUGGAAUGGAUUUCAUUUAUGACAAUAAUUGUAUUCUGGAUUUUGCUGCUUAUGAAUUAAAGAUGAAGGAGAAUAUGAGGACGCCGUUCUUGUCAGAAAGUGAUAUACCAUUGAAGUUCAGAAACCGACCGGGACUUGCUUCUUCUAUUUGAUUGAUUCAUUUAUUACUCUUGCGACACCAUGAUUAUUUCCUUUAUUCAAACAGAUAAGUUAUCUCGAAGGAAAAGAAAUGAAUCUAUGCAACUAAUGAAUAUAUAAAAGGGAUUUUACAUGAGCUGCCAAAAUUCAUAGUUGACGAGUUUAUGAAAUAAUUUAAAAGUGAGC